AUGGAAUUUAAUUCGGGUGUCAGUAUGUUUUUACCUGAUUCAAUUGGUCUUAAUGAAAAUGAUUUUGAUGAAGAAGAUCAUGAAGAUAUUGUUCAUGAACAAACAAAUCAAAAUGAAAUCGUUGAAUUAAUUAUGGCUGCUUUUGAAGGACAUGAAGAGCCCUCGGAUGGCGAAGAAGAAGAAGAUGACGAUGAUGAUGAAUCAUUGAACACAUCCAAUUCAAGUCAUCUAAUUGUUAAUGAACAUGAACUAUUAAAUACAAAUAAUAAUAAUAAUAAUGCUAAUGAACAUUAUAUUCAACAACAACAACAUGAAUUACUUCAUCGAAAUCAUUUAUAUCAACAACCAUUAUAUUCUACUCCAGCUGUCUCCACUCCUCCACCAUUAGUUCCACCAUCAAAUUCAACAGAUGUUCGUCGAUUUGAUGAUCAUACUCAAUAUACAUAUCCACGUUAUCAACAAUUUGAUGAACAUAAUAAUACUGAACAAGAAAUACAAUUUAAUACAAAAAAUUCUGUUCUAGUUCAUUAUCAAAAUCCAAAUCGUCAAAUAAAUAAUAAUAAUAAUAAUAAACUAUCAACAAGUGUUCAAUAUUUUGAUUCAUUACCAACAAUAGAUUUAAUUGAUCCAAUGCAAACACAAUUUAUGUAUCAAACAUCAUCAACAAAUUCAUCUGAUAUACAAAAUCAAUUAAAUAAAUUUCGUAUUUUAUGUAAUGUUAAAGAACGAAAAAUAACUGAACUUGAAAAUCGUUUUACUGAAUAUCAUGAAAAAUAUAAUAGUGAUUUACGUGUACUUAAACAUAAAAUUGAAUUAAGUGAAAGAGCUAAAUAUGAUUGUGAACAACGUUAUCAAUCAAUAACUAGACAAUGUGAAGAAUUAAUUGAAACAAAUAAUCAAUUACAACGAACAAUUAAAGAUGCAGAAUUAAAAAUUCAACAAUUAGAAGGAAAUAAAACACAACUUGAAAAGAAAUUAGAUGAUGCUGAAUCAUUAAUUGAUUCACUUCAUCGAAAAGUUAAUGAAUUACAAAGAUUUGAAUCUAUUGCACGUACACAACAAGAUUGUGAACUUAUUUUAGCAAGUACACGUGAAAAACAUGAACAAGAAAUAAUUAAUCUUAAUGAAAAAUUACAAAUUACUCAAAUGAAUUUACAAGAAAAGACAAUUGAAGUUGAUGAACUUCGUAUUCAAUUAGAAUCUGCUUGUAAAAACAAUGAAAAAGCUAUCUUCGAAAGAAUGGAAACAAUUAGUCAUUUAAAUCAACAAUUACAUGAUUGUCAAAGACAAUAUACUGAUUUAUUAACAAGUAAAUCAAUGGAUACAUUUAAUCAAACAGAAACAAAAAGACAAUUAAAUCGUAUGACAGAAGAUAAAGAAAAACUUGAAAAUACAUGUCAAGAAUUACAGGUAAUUUUUAAAAAUUUCUUUACAUGAGAAAAUAAAGGAGAUGCCAAGUUUUUUUUUUUUACUCGCAAGAGAAUCUUCUAAGGAUUUUAAAAAUCUUACGAUUGGAUAUUAUUCAGAUGUCUAACAGACUGUAAAAGUCCUGCGAAGAUAUGAAUACAAGUUGAUAUCAAAUUUUUCCUAUAGGAUUAAAAUCGAACUUCUACCAAAAGUUCAUUGCCAUGUGUCUUUCGAAUCGGUUUUUGAAGAUCACAACUCCGCGAUAUUUUCUGAAAUGCAUGUUUGAUAGAAAAUCUAAGUAAUCCCUAAGUUUGUGCAAAGAUUUUUAACUUCUCUCACUUAUGAAAAAUUACACUCGUCAAUGAGAAACUAACGUCGGAUUUUCGCUAUUAGAAAGAGCAAGUGAGGGAACAUCUAUCUAUAUCAAAUUUAUAAGGUUCAAAUAAACUAUUGAGUGAUUUAAAAAUUUUAUCAGGAAUUAAAGUCGCUUUGGGCUAGAAUUUCGUAUAAUUUAAGCGUAGAUUAUUGUGAAAACUCAUAAAAAUGGACAAUGAAAAAGAUGUUCCCUCACUUGCUCUUUCUAAUGGCGAAAAUCCGAGUUCGAUAGCUAUAAGCGUUCUACUUAUCAUUACAAAGAAAGUACAUACUUGAUAUUUUCAUUGUAUCUAAUAUAUGUAAUGUGAAUUUGUUAUACAUCUUGAUAAAGGCUUUUAGUGAUAACUACAGAUGACAAAGUUAGUGUUUGAACAGAAUCAUCUUUGAUAAGAUAACAUAAGUUGAAGUAAUGAGAAAAAAAAAAUCAUCCAUUAAACUUUAUAUAAGACAUACAUAAUUAUCUGCAGAAAGGCUCAUUGAUAAAAGACAAUGAAUCAAUUCGUGAUAUAGUUUAGGCAAAAAAAUGAAGGAUUAAAUAAGAAAAAAAAAACAAAUUUCAAAUAAUGAUUCCAUUCGUCAUGUCUGGGUUUUUUUUCGGUAUUCUACAAAAAAAAACCGAGGCAAAUGACGCAAGUAUUUGUGAUAACAAAACGAACGAAAGAAAAAAAUAAAGUAAAAGGGGGUGGACAUAGCAAAAAGGGAAUGAUAACAUCGAUCUAGCAUGAUGAUAACUACAUGGGUAGGUUAUAUCGAAUUAGUCAGAAUGAUUAAAACAUCGUAUAUUUUGCUCAUAUUUCUAUAUAAUAAAAUCGUAAAAGUUUCAAUUUUUUUUCUUAAACAAUACAUCGUUGAAUUCUCUAGAAAAAUCCUAUUGAAUUUUUUUUACCUGAAGAAUCUUUUGUAUACGACAGCAUUGAUCGCCUUAUUCUCUCAUAGGUGAGGAGCAGAGUCCAUUUCACUUUCCCAUCACACAUAAAAAAACUGCUAGCACAAUGUAGGUGAAGUUAGCCUCAUAUUCGAGUAAAACUAGUCGAGAUUCGUCUAGGAAGUUGUUUCAAUUGUUCCAAAGUACAACUCGACGUGUUCUGUCGAAUGAUAUGCUCAGAUUCUCUUUAACUGAAAUUAUAAUUUUUAGACCGAUAG